CCGGCCCCCCAUGGAACAGCUUCCCCACCCCUGAUUUAAAUCAUUCAGAAGUUUAACAAGUUCCUCUUAAAUUGGGAACAUGUACACCUCUGGCCAAGUACACAAUUCCGUAUUUAGUGGUUUGUUAUACAUGCAGAGAAUGUAAAAUAUACAUCAAAAGUAACGCAUAGAAAACAGAUCAAAUACAAAAUACCACAGUUCUGACCAGGAUCAGCAGAGGCAAGAUGGAUGGAUGGAUGGAUGGAUGGAUGUAAUAGAAAAUGAUCACAUAACGGACAUGUUCUUCUUCAGUAAUUUAAUUUAUAAUGCAGUACAAAGCUCUCAAUCUGUCAGUAAGAUAUUUCAGGGAUCAAACCGUGAUAGAAGACUGACCGCGAAUCUGAUUCAUCCUAAUAAAUCUGACACAAGAAGGAUCCUCAGCACAUUACCCGAGUCAUGUUAGCAGUCACUCCUUUCUGGAAUCUUCAAAUAACCAAUCAAAAGCCUAACUUGGUUAAGAAGUCAGACCACCUGUGUGAGGGCUGCUAGACUAACCUCUAUGGAGUCCCAUUAACCUCGGCAUGAGUGAAGAUGGUUUGCCGUGACAUGCAUCCCCUGGUCUCUACGGAAGUAAAGCAAGUUAAGAUGGCAGAUAGACACCAACAGAUUAACGUUACUAAGGGGGCUAAAGGGGAGGAUGACUUGCCUCUCCCUCCCCCUCCCCUCCCAAGAUCACCCCAGGAGAGUUUGCCUGGCCCAGAGGAGCAAAGUCAUGCCUUCCUCCCGAUGGUGCCACCCAAGGAGACAUUCUCCACCUUCUACCAACAGCGACAGAAGAGCGAGUUGAAAAGGCUCUUCAAGCACAUCCACCCCGAGCUGAGGAAGAACCUUGACAAUGUUGUAGAUGAUGAGCUGGUCGAAGUAUUGAACUCAGAGACUAAGCAAGCAGACACGGGUUACCAGGGUGAAGUUCAGUCCAUGAGGUGGAUAUUUGAGAACUGGAGCCUGGACAACAUCGGAGAUCCUCACAUGACUAAGAAGUUGCUAGAGGAGGAAGCACCACAAAGAGGGGAUGUCAGAGGCACCUCCUCAAUUUUCGAACGUGUGGAACUCGACGGCGCUCAGCACUCCUCUACACUCUCAAGGUGCGGGUCUGUAAAAGGGGACGUUCACACGGCUACCUGGUUGUUUGAAACACAAUCUUUGGACACCCUCAGUAAGACGUACCCAGAAGAAGGAGAGCUGGUAGAGGCUGUGUUGAAGGAACCCAUGCAGCAGGGGGAUGUAAAAGGAACACGGCAGCUCUUUGAAUCCAAGCCUCUGGAUGCUUUAGGUCGUUGCACCUCUGUUGAGGAUCAAAGCUUUUUCAAGCUGAAGUCAGAAAUACAAGAGCAGAAAGGGGACGUGAAGAAGACAGUGAAACUCUUUCAGGCAGAACCCUGCUGUGCUAUUAGGGACAGCACCGGCAAUGUCCAUGAGAUUAAGUCCAUCUGUAGAGAAGAGAUCCAAAGCAACAACGUGAAGACAGCACGCUGGCUGUUUGAAACCCAGCCCCUGGAUGUCAUUAACAAGGAUGCAUCGAAGGUGCAGGUCAUCAGGGGCAUCUCCCUGGAGGAGGCCCAAAAAGGUGGCGUCGACAAGAAGAGAUGGAUGUUUGAAACACAACACCUGAGCGCCAUUCAUGAAAGUAUCCAAGAAGACAAGUUUCAGGGAACUAUCGGCGUCGUGGAAGCAGCUGAUGUCGGAAACAAGAGACAGAUGUUUGAAACUCAGCCCCUGGCUGCACUGAAGGGAGAAUCCGCCACUGGAGGCUUGCCCAAGGAGGAGAUAGUAGGAGGGGAUGUACAGUCCACCUUGUGGCUGUUUGAAACCCAACCUAUAGACACCCUGAAAGACAGCUAUGAAGUUGGACGUCUGAAAAAAGUUACAGUGACUAACGAAGAGAAGGGGUCAGUGCAAAUCAGAAAAAGUACAUUUGAAACCAGCACCCUUGAUAGCAUCAGCAAAGAAAUGACAGAGAGAGGAAUAAAAUGCAAUGCGGAGGAGAUUGAAAGGGGAGAUGUUAAGUCCUACAAGCACCUCUUUGAAACAAUUCCGAUUGGCGAUAUUUCUCAGGCUGAAAAUCUUCAAACUGAAAAGCAAGGGGAAAUUAUAGCUGGGAAUGUUAAAGGCAACACUACACUGUUUGAGACCACCCCACUGUAUGCCAUUAAAGACUGUUUGGGAAAUUUUCAUGAGGUCACAACUGUGAGCAGGGAACAGUCUAUAAAAGGGAAUGUCCAAAAUUACAGGUGGAUGUUUGAAACCAGACCUAUGGAUCAAUUCGGUGAUAAAAAGGCAAAAGUGGAGAUCAUUAAAGGCAUCACAAGGCAAGAGGAUCAAGCUGGUGACGUGAAGAUGGCAAAAUGGCUUUUUGAAACACAGCCCUCGUACAGCAUUAACCAGACGGAGCAGCUUUCCUCCGUUCAACAGGAAGUGACACACAAAGGGGACGUCAAGAAUUGCAAAUGGUUAUUUGAAACUCAACCUAUGGACAUAUUGUAUGAGAAGUCUGAGAAGAAGCCCGAAGAGGAAGCAAUGCCGAAGAUCAAUGUGAAGUCACACACCUGGCUCUUUGAGACUCAGCCUUUGGACGCCAUUAAAGAUGGCGUCGAUCUUCAGCUGAAACUGUGCAGCACAUUUCAAGACGAUGCAACAGACAAGGUCGAUGUGAAGCUGGUGAAGCACCUGUUUGAGACGGAAACUCUAGACAGCAUGGGAAGGAGGGCAGACACAGACCAAGAUGUCAGGUAUGUCAGUAAGAUCCACAUACAGUCUGGAGACGUUUCUCGAGUCAAAGAGAUAUUUCAGUCAAAAUCAGUGAAUGAAAAAGCAACAGCCUUAGCCAGGGAAUCUGAAACUGAAGACCAAAACAUUAAUAUUCAGACAGGUUGUGUUCGUAGGUCUACCUGGCUAUUCGAGAACAACGCUAUUGACACCAUUAAAGAUGAGGACAGCAACAAAAACAUAUCUACCGUCAGCGAUGUGCAAGGUGGAGAUGUUGGAAACAAGAAGCUUAUAUUUGAGACACAUUCUUUAGAUAAAAUCCACGACAAAGACAGGAGUCCCGAACAUCAGUCUGUUUUUGUUGAGAAGCCUGCUACGAGCGUAGAUGUUAAAUCCAGUACUAUGCUGUUCGAGUCCAAGCCUUUAUAUGCCAUCAGAGAUAAAGAGGGACUGAUCCAUGAGGUGACCACAGUCAAGAAAGAAGAGGUGCUGAGUGGGGAUGUGAGAGGAGUUCAGUGGCAAUUUGAAACGAAACCCUUAGACAUUAUCAAACCACAGGAAGAGGUUUUUGUGAUCCGGGCUGUUACUCAAGAAGAUGUCGUCAAGGGUGAUGUAAAAUCAGCACGAUGGAAGUUUGAAACACAACCACUGGACUCUUUUACAAGCCAAGAGGAGGGCAGCAUGAGGACCAUAGUAGACAUUGAAAAAGGUGAUGUCCAGCAAAGCAAGCAGCACUUUGAAUCUCAAGGAGCUUCCGGUCAAAAAUUUGUGAGGAUGGUCAGCGUCAGGGAUGUCCAAGAAGGUAAUGUUAGAACCUCCACCUGGCUCUUCGAAAAUCAACCCAUAGACACCCUGAAAGGUGAGCUUCAGGAACAGUCCGCUUUGAAGACAGUGCACAGACUGGACAGUCAUAAAGGAGAUGUGAAACGGUGCACGUGGCUAUUUGAGACACAACCAUUGGAUACCAUCAAGCAAGUGGAUCCCUCUGCAUCCAGUUUAACUCAUGAGACAAUACCUCAGGCAGAUGUGAAGAGCACAACUUGGAUGUUUGAAUCAACACCACUUGACAGGAUCGGUUUUCAAAGGAGAGAAGAUUCAGAGAAUAGCGUGAAGGAAACGUUGGAUCAUCUCCACUACUUUAAGGUUAUUCACACACAGGGGAUUGUUAUAGAAGCAAAUGAGAAUCAUGGGAAAAGUGUGAAAAUGGCAAAAUAUCAAUUUAUAAAUAAUCAAGGGCCAAAUAUCCUAAAAGAGGAGACAGUUGAAGGGAACAUCAAGAACAUUAUUCUGCAGCUGUUACUCAGAACAAACCUAACACACCAGAUAGUUCUUGUAAAAGAGGAUGAGCAUGGCCAUGUUGAAACCACCAGAAUGCAGAUUCCAACCACUGAAGCAGAGUCUACUGAAUAUUCAGACCAGGGACAAAACAUGGCAAAUGUUGCACAGGUCAUAACAGGUCUACUCAGUUAUGACAAGACUCGGAAAGAAGGAAUUGUGAUGCAAGAAACUGAGAGCGGCUAUGCUGCGAUGACUGUGUAUUCACUUUCCAGUCACUACGAAAACCUAACCGAUAGUCAUGAAAUAACAAAGGGAAAUGUGAGGUUGACUAUUGGGAGCCUCUUAUCUACUAGCAAAGACCACAAGGCCCAGGCUUCAUUCCAAUUUGAAGAAAACGAGAGAGGAAAUGUGAAUCUAUACAAGAAAUGCAUUGAAAAAGGAGACCUCGAGUACCUUAAAAGUCUUCAGACAGAGCCAUCAGAGAAUGAUUCUCCACUGAAGGAGCCAGUGGAGAUUAUUCAUGGAGAUAUCAAAGAAGCAAAGAGAAAUCUGAACCAACAGAAAGAGAAGGUAGAACGGACAGUCCUGGACAUAGUGCCGGGUGAUGUUAAGAACGUCAAAAAAGUCUUCUCUGAGGGUUCUACUGAGCAAGGUCACACGCAGAAGGAAGAAGUCAUCCGUGGUGACGUUUUCUUGGCCAAACACUCUCUGGGGCAGGCAGCAAAUCAGCCCAUUGUACUAGAAAAGGAGGAAAUCGUUUCUGGGGACAUCAAGGCAGCAAAAGAAUCCCUUGAACAAGCAAAGAAACAAAGCAUGCGGGUGGAGCGUGAAAUUAUAAUCCCUGGAAAGAUUUAUGAUUUGGACGUGUCAUCACAGGAAGCCUCUGACACAACAGGAAGCCUAACCACUGUAUCAAAGGAAGAAAUCAUAUCAGGCAAUGUCAAGGCUGCAAAACAAUCACUGGAGCAAGCGAAGAGGCAGGGUAUGCGAGAAGGAGGAGAGGUCGUUAUUCCAGGCAAGAUUUAUGAUCUGAAUGUUUCCACCUCAGAAGACCCUUCACAACAAAUACCGAAUAACAGUACAAAUCAACAAACGGUGACCCAAGGAACAGCUUCCACACAGGGUCAGAUACACCAAAACUUUACUACCACUCAGAAGAGCACGAGUGUCCAGCAAGCAAGGAGUCUGCACACGUCCGUGCAGGUCUCGGGAAAAACGGAGACAUCCUCCGUCUCAACGGUGAAGGAGAUGAGAAGUCAGCAGAUGACAUCAAGUCAUCAAAAGGUCAGUGUCUCCGAGGAGGAGCAGGGAUCUGAUGAAAAGCAUAAAACCACAAGGGGCAGAGACGUCAGGGUCACCGUAGGUGACGCUGAUCCGGCGCGUCCCAUUGUAAAUCCUUUUGUAAGUUCAGAGGAUGGAGACAGAGAGACUAAUGAAGCUGCUGUUGUGAGAGGAGAUAUAAAAGCUGCUCUGAAAUCUCUGCAGAGCCCAGCUGCGGCACAGCCAGUAGAAAAAGAAGAAGUUGUAAGAGGUGAUGUGCAAGCAGCUCUUCGGUCCCUUGAAAAGUGUAGCAUUAAUGUGUCUAAGGGAGAUUUCAGAGCUGCAAUGAUAUACAGAAAUGCAGGACAGACUUAUUCAGAGGGCAGAAAGAAGCAAAGAGCGGAGAGUGAAAAAUCUGCUGGCGAGCAGCCAGCUUCGGCACCUGUGCUUCCAUCUGACGCUGCGUUGUCUCCUUCAGUUUCAGUGACUUACGAGGAAAGGCCAGUCGCCGGAACACUGAAGCCGGCACCCGUGGCAGAACCCAGCCCUGACGCAAGCUCAGAUAGGACAAAUGCUUCUUCAGCUUUUACCGGCCAAUCGCAGAACCCACCACCGCUGCCUCCCAAAGUGUGCGACAAGCCGGCAACCAUUAAGCCAGUCAUUCCUCCAAAACCACCGUGUUUAAACACAGCCCCUAGACAAAAUUUCAGAUCUAGGCCCGUCUCCGCAAAACUUUCUCCCCCGCCUUUACCUCCAAAGCCUUUGAUCUGUCAAGAAAACGAGCAGAAGAACUACGCACACAACAAAGACUGUCACAGUGAGGGAACGACCACUAAAACAGUCCAAGGACAUUCUUUAAACUUCGACUACACCAAGGAACAUCAAGCUGUUGACAAAGAAAUAACUUCGUGCCCUGGAGAAAUUAAGCAAACAAAAGAGAUUCACCCAACAAACGAAGUGGAAGAAAAGGUCACGAAAACUAUUAGUAAAAAAACAGCCAUCAUUAGCAGCGAUGAUGAAAAGGAAGGGGACAAGCAGGGGCCGCAAAAAAUUAAUGCAGCGGAAGAGAUCCGUGCGUGCAUGCAGAGUUACUCAGAAGACGGAGAGGCCAGGAAUGAAAUGAACCAAAGUUUUCAAGCUGCUCUUCAAAACUUUGGAGGACGAAAAAAUUGUAACGCUCCAAUUUUUCACAGGAAAAUUAAAGUAACUCGAGACGAGGUUAGAGAUGAGAGAGAGAAGGAGAGCAGUAGUAAACUGACACAGGGCUGCUCGAAGGAUGUCGGCCAACAGGGCGGCGAAGCUGGUCCUCAAGGGCCUCAUGCCUCAGUAACACAUUCACCUGCUAUGGACAGCUGCUGCAAUCAUGAAGAAUGCCACGAAGAAGGAGAGACAAAAGUAGUUAUGAGGGAGAAAAAAGCUAAGAGAGAGACAGAAGAUGAGCGCCGACAAAGGCUGUCGGUGCACAAAGAAGAAAUAAUGAGAGGCAACGUGAAGGCAGCGAUGGAAAUCUUCGAAAAUCUGAGGAAACGGGAAGAGCUUAAGAUAAUUCUUUCAAAAGUGGCAGAAAUAGAGGGCGAGACCAGUGAAGUCGACGUUAGGUCUAUGAAGAACUUAUUUGAGAAUGUGCCUGCCUGGAUCGUGGCUCCUGGUGAAAAUAUAACACGUGGUAAGUCCACAGGGGAAACGAAGGGAAGAAGAACAGAGUCGACAAAAGAUGACACAGACGGCGUGUCUUCGGUUGAGGUUGCCUUUGGUGAUCUUGAAAGAGCAAGUGCAGAGAUAAUCCAUCUGAAAGAGCAGACUUUAACUAAACUUAUAGACAUUGAAGAGGCGAUAAAGAAAGCGCUGUAUUCCGUCUCCAACUUGAAAUCAGAGUCUGACAUCGCUGGUCUGUCUGGACUCUUCAAAGAGUCCCUUGGAACCGUGCACAGCUCUCCUACCGCUAACAAUAUAAGGAAAAUAAGCAUAGUUUCCAGCAAAGCUAAAAGAGAACGAGGGAAAGAACCAGAGAGGGACCCAAAGCCAGAGAGCAAGAAGGCUGGAAAAUCAGUAGAAACCCAAAGACCAGCCCAGGAUGUGGCCAAAAUGAGACCAUGUACCGCUUCUCAGUCUUCCCCAUCCUUCAUCUCCAUUCAGUCAGCUGCAAGGAAACCAGCAGAGGCCCCCAAAGCACCAACAGCUUCUCAUCAGCAAAAUGGUCCGGCCCGCUGCAGGCCUGACGCAUAUCAGUCCAAAGCAAACGGGUCCGCCUCAAAGGCCAGCUUUUACAGUCCGCUUAACUCCCGACGGAAUGUCAGUGUAUUAGAGCUGCAAACUGUCCCUGAACCAGCAGAUAUAAUUGGCACAAAGACCGUUAGCGAAAAAUACGAAAAGACAGAUUGCUUCGGCAACAAGUUCGUCUCCUCUAAGACUUCUACAAUCGUCACGAAGCAAGCGGAGACAAAAACACUGUCCGCUUACGAAGCAGUCGCCGCCCCAGCCCGAUAUGACGUCUUGACAUCUCCUCCCGCUCAGAGGUCUGCUAAGAUGUUCUCAGAAAACCCUCAGCCCAAAGUUAACGAGAGCGGAAGAGUUUUUGUCACGUUUGGUCACCCAAGGCCAGCAAAGCCCUAAAAAAACGCGACAGAGUGACUCCUUUUGUGUUUUUGAUGCUUUGCAAUAACCAGCUUGUCAAUUUUUUUGUUGUACUAGAUUUUAAUGUUCCAAAACACAAAUUGUUGUACUUAAAUGUAUAUUGUAUUUAUGAUUGAAUUUGUAUAAUUGUAUGAAAUUUUGUAUAAAUUUCAUAAACUCUUAUAUUUAAAUGCAGUUUUACUGGCCUUUCUGUACCGAUAUAUCUACCAAAACAGACUGUGGUGAAAUGUGUGUGAUUACAAGUAAUGAAAUAAAUAUCAUCAUAAACAA